UGAAGUCGGAGCCCUGAGGUAACUGUGUUAGCGACGGUGAUACAGACGUCGGUUUGGGAUAAGAAAGCGACGGGUGUCGGAGUGUGAACCGGAGCUAGCCGAGCGAGACAGCGAGCCUAGCCAGGUAGCAUGGGGGAAGAAAUGGAGAGCAAGUCGGUGAACACAAAUACGACGCCGGAAGAUGAGAAUCAUCUACCUGCGGAUGUGAGAUGUUAUACGCGCGCGGAGGUUCAAGCUCAUAACACGAGCAAAGACGCAUGGCUGAUUAUCCACGACCAAGUUUACGAUAUUACGAGUUUCCUCGAAGAGCAUCCGGGAGGUGAAGAAGUUCUCCUGGAGCAAGUGGGUUCGGACGCAACAGAGAGCUUCGAGGACGUUGGCCAUUCCACAGAUGCCAGGGAGAUGCUCCAUCAGUACUACAUCGGGGAGCUGCACGAGGAUGACAGAAAGAAAGAAUCUGAAAAGGAAGUUUAUAUCACAACUUCAAAAGAGUCCAGUUCUUGGAAUAUCUGGCUGAUUCCUGCCGUAGCAGUCGCUGUUGUAGGCUUCAUGUAUCGUUAUUACAUGUUCGAGCGCACAUCGUCUUGAGCACAACUCUGCAGCUCCUGGAUUCCCGAAACCGUCUCAGCGCUGCACUUACCACAGCAAGAUUACAUAAUGGUACCUGACACUCAGAUCGGUUUUGGAUCAGGAUCCAGGCCAGCACAACCUUUUUUUUUUUUUUUUUUUCUCUCUCUUCAUCCAGAGGCCUUGGACUUUUCUCUCUCUGAUCCCACACACGUGCACUCACACUGUCUGACCAUCACUGACCUUCUCAUGCCAGCGAGUUUACCAGGAACAUGACAAAUCUCAGAAUUA